AUGGCUGAGCAGUUGCAAGUUGCACUCGGGCUCAAGAACUCAGUCAAGAGUUGGUGCUUCUCUUCAAGUCCCCAUGAGGCCCUGCUGACCACACAGGUGAAAGAUGUAGGGGAACCGGGUCUUCAUUUUUUGGAUCAGCUGCUACUGCUGGGAUCUAUUAAGAAGGCAGAAGCUGCACCGAUUCCGAUGCAUCUACUGCUUGAGGAGGCAGCUGGCGACCAAGACUGGAGGAGCCUAAGCGCAGCAGGAGAUGCUGCCCUCACUCCAAGCUCAUGCAGCGGUGGAACUACCUUCCGCAGUUCUCGGGGGAGCUACUCUCGCUCCAACAAUACUACACAAGAAAAGUCAUUGCCCGUAGCAUACUCAGAGUAUUCUCGGGGCUGCUGCAGUGCGUCCACUGCUGCCGCUCAGACAUCCAAGGAUGCUUGCCAUAGCUCCACGAUUGAUACGGAGGCCUCUGCAUGUCAGCAGGGUCAGGCAAGUGUUGCCGUGUCCCCACCCACUUCAAUGUCAGUUGAGAACCUCGAUGAUUCAUCUAGAGAAGCCUUUAUUGUACAGGAGUGUGAGAAGCCUCUUCUGCCCCUUUCAACUGCUAAGCAGAUCCAGGCAAGAUGCAUUACACCAACGGCGCCAGUUGACUCUGGUGCUGCUGCGGGGCCACCCAGCGCUGGAGGCCAGCAGAAGCAGGAUAAACAUCGGCUUCCAUCCAAUGUUAUUCGACGUACAAGGCAAUGUAAAGCUGCUCCACUUGUGGCAAAAACCAUGAAACGGCGCACGGCUCCGCAGGGAGCAUUUCUUGGCACCUCACGAGAGGGCAAAGGGGCCACUGCGGAGGUCUCAGCCAGCGCCCCAAUGGCCAAGAAUUCUACUAGUGUGAGGCAAAGCGUCCGCUCAGAGGGCCCUCCUCAGAAGCGUCAGGCAAUUGUGUGUUCUAGAGAGGAGCUUUCAGGUCUUGAUAGUAGCAACAGCGGCGCUAUGAAGGGAACACCAGGAGGUCUUCAGUCCAGAAGGGCUCCUGUAGUAAGAAGUUCUUCUGGGGCACUGGUCAAUAGCAAAAAGCACCAAUCAUGUCGCAAAGAGAUGGAUGGACAAGCCAAGCCAGAACAAAAACCACUAGAGCCGCAACGACAGCAUACAGAGAACCCCACGGCCUUGACCUCAGGUCGUCUAAUAGCCAUGAGGGGCAGCCUGUCAGCGAAUGCCGCUGCUGCUGCUUCAGUUGCUGUGGUUCGCUGCAACAGCAGCAACAGCGCAGAAGAUCCGGUCACUGCGUUUGCUGCUCAGUGGCUGUUGGGCUGCCAGGAGCGGUUGCGUGCGGAACCAUGGGACGUCGCACCAUAUACUGGGGGCCCCAGCACCGAAUCCCCCUCGUUCGAAGCCGGACUACCUGACUUUUCGUCUAUUUGCUAUUUUCGGGGUGAUGGCGAUGUGCAAAAGCUGCAGUUGACGAAGAAGAAGCUGAAGGAAGAGCUGAAAGCAUACAAUGUUGCAUUUGCUUCCCACUUUGGACGCCAGCCACUGAAACAAGACAAGGAAGCUCUCAGGCCCGUAUAUAUGUACUAUCACCUAAUCAAGCAAACGAUAGAGCAACUAGUCGCUGCGGAGGUGGGGCAGAGCACUGAUAAUGUGGUGAAGAUCCCAACGGACGCAGCCCCUAUCACCCUUUCGAGCAUGACGGCUGACAGGCCUCUUACUAUGAAUGGCACUGCUUCCAUCAAAGUAAGGUCGCCGACAAGUUGCAGCAAGCGGCUCAAGAAGAACCGAUCUGUACGGUCUGCUGAGGGCCAAGGCCUCAUGGCAGCCCGCCGGAUGGAGCGAAAUGGCGGCUCGCCUGGGUCGCCUGGUCGUGUUACAGAGAAGCGAGGUGCAAAGAUAUCUGCCUAUGAGAGGCAGGAACAACUUCAGAAGCGACGCGAGGAAAUGACUGCUCAGCUGCGCCAACUUCAGCGUGAGCGUCGCGUUUUGGGAGAUAAACUGGCAGAGUUUCGUAUUCGAUUCAAGGAGCAGCAUGGUAGGCCUUUGAGGCUGAAAGCAGACAUCGAACCUGUCCAAGAGGAAUACAAGCUAUUCGUGGAAACCACAAAGCAAAUAGACGCUCUCGCAAUUGCUCUGCAGAAACAAGAACUCUAA